AUGGAACCACGAGCACGCGCCGGCAAAAAUGUCGGCAAGAUGAACUUUUCCCACAACGAGCUCGCUCAACUCCUCUACGCACACGGCGACGUGAAGAACCCCCUCCCCGAAACGAUCCGCGUCCUGGACGAAAUCCUCACAGACUUCAUGCAAUCCAUCGCCUUUGAAGCCACCCGCGCGGCGCACUACUCGGGCCGCCAGAAGAUCAAGUACGAGGACUUUGAGUUUGCGUUUCGCAAGAACCCUGCAUUUUUGGGGAAGGUGCAGGAGGUGUUUGAGAAGCAGAGGGAGAUUAAGAAGGCGCGUGAGAUUCUGAGGGAUGGGGAGGACGAGAUCAUGAAGGAUGCGGCGGAUGAGGAGAAGAGGAGGGAGAAGGAUGGGAAGGGUGGUGGGAGUGGGAGUAAGGAGGAGGAGUUGGGGGAGGCGGAUGAUGAUGCGGAGGCGGAGAUGGAUGCUUUGGGGAAGAAGAGGUGA